ACCACCGUCCCACCGCCCAUCUCUGCCACCACCUUCAUCAGACUGUCAAUUCUCCAGAGAAAUGGAUGCAUCCAAAUCGAUCUUCGUCUUGCAACCUUUGUGGUUACGAUUCACCGAUAAACUUCCUCAACAUCUCUUCCGUCAUUCAAACUCGUCUCAAGCAGAAGUAUGUCAGAUGAAGAGGAUCCUUAUCCUUAUCCUGAUCCUGAUCCGGUAAGCAUUCUGCAAACGAUAGAAAAUGAGCAUGAGGACUUGACGGAUGACAAAAAGAAGGAAAUCAAGUUGAUUAAGACAGAGCUAUGGUUUCUGGGUAGAUUUCUCCUCUUGAGGCAUUGUGCGUGGAGUGGAUCCCUUCAAAUGCGGAUUAGAAGUCUCCUGGUAUUUGCAGAAGAUCUGUAUCGCUCUAACUUUGAUGCUGAUCCCUCUUACGUGCUAGGAUUGAUAGAGCAUUUCAAAUACUUUAUCCCAAUAAAUUAUUUGGAUUCAGAAGAAAGUCUACUUCCUGUUACUAUGCCUCUGACCCACAAACAUAUGCUGGAAUACAUAGACAAUGUUGUACAGUAUUUCAAGGACCUGCUGAUUGUUCGCCUUGUCAGGCUGCCUGAUGUACAGUCUCAAGUGGAAUCGUUCGUAAAGGAGUUGAGAGCACUGAAGAAGUUUAUCUUCUUUCUGGGAGAAAUAUGCAUUUCAACAGAACAAAUUAACUGCUGGCAAACUUUCUGGCUUCAUGUUAGAUUUGUGACUACCCGUGCAGCAAUUUUCUUAUACUUGCCUUGUUAUGACAGAUUUUCUCAUAUGAUGGAGAAUAACUUGAUGUGUAGCCAGAUAGUCCGCGAUGACGAGCUCCUGAAAUAUAUUUUAAAGUUAUCAUCAUUCAACAGCACUCAUGUCUACUGGUACCUCGAUGAAGCCGCGGAUGAAUUCAUGGAUUUCCUUCUGCACGUACACAUGCAGUUAGGAGCGGAUUCAUGGACUACAGAUCAAAAGUAUACUUUUCCUGAACAGAUCAACCGUUUGAGAGUUUUGUUCAAAGAGUUGCCAUUGAUUAACGACAUUCAGGAUGAGAUGAGGAUCGAUUUCUUCAAGCGACUAGUGACGCUGGUCAUUCAUGCUGGACUUACUGUCUACUCGCGGGGUAAUUGGGACCAAAAAUUGCUACUUCUCGAUGGCAUGAUUCGGUCAGUCAAAACAGAGAUUUGCCACAAGAUCCGAGAGUGGGUAACAUCUCAUUUGCCUAAGAAUGAUAAAUUGGGCUUCUCCAAUUGCCUUCUUGUUAGCUUGAAAGAGUUCCUGUCUGGUCAUUCUGGUUUUCUUGCUUCUGUGAAGGAUCAAAUCGAAGUAGUCCAUGAGGAGCUUAACUUUUUCGAGCCUUUCAUCAUGCGUGUAGCAGAACAAGGCAAUAACAAGCAUCACGAACUCCAAAAUCUUGUUGGAAGAGUCAUUGAUAAGGCUUAUGAGGUCGAGUACAUACUUGAUUCUUUUGCAAUUAGUGAUGUACCUCUUACUUUUCUUAGGACGUGGCUCUUGGAAAUCAUAAGGGAGAUUGAGCUCAUUAAGACUGAGUUGACCAAACCCAAGGGAAAAAAUAUGACAAGUGCCUCCCAAGCUACCGACGGAGAACUGGUUGGUUUUACAGAUGUCUGUAAAACUAUAAGAGAUCAACUAGUUGGAGGAUCACGAGAACUGGAUGUUGUUUCCAUUGUGGGUAUGGCUGGAUCAGGCAAAACAACCCUUGCUCGAAGUUUCAUCAAUGAUGACAGCAUUGUUUCUCAUUUUGAUUUCUGUGCAGAGUGUCGUGUUUCACAAGAAUACACACGUGAAGACUUGCUGUUUUCCAUUUUGAGUUCUGCUAAUUCUGGUCUCACUGAUAUUAGUAAAAGAGGUGCUGAUAUAUUAGCUGAUAGACUAAGAAAAACUCUAUUGCCAAAGAGGUACCUCUUAAUCAUUGACGAUGUGUGGGCAGUACAAGCAUGGGACGAUUUGAGAUUAUGCUUUCCUGAGGCCAAAAAAGGUAGCAGAAUAAUUCUGACGACCAGACUUAAAGAAGUUGCUACGUAUGCUAAAUGUGUCACUGAACCCAUACACUUGCGUAGUAUGAAAGAUUCAGAAAGUUGGUUGUUAUUACAAAAAAAGGUAUUUGGGGAAGAAAUGUGCCCCGAAGAGCUAAAAGAAGUUGGGCAAAACAUUGCAUUCAAGUGUAAUGGGCUGCCACUUUCCAUUGUUUUAGUGGCUGGUCUUCUCGCAAAGAUUGACAAGACAGAAAGAUGCUGGACGCGGAUGGAAUUAAGUUUUGGGGAAAGAGUGCAGGAUGGCGCAAAGGAUUUAGUAAAAUUAAGUUAUGAAGAUUUACCUAACAAACUGAAAUCAUGCUUUUUAUAUUUCGGUGCAUUUCUAGAGGACAGGGAAAUUUUAGUGUCAAAAUUAACAAGCUUAUGGAUUGCUGAGGCAUUCAUAAAAAACAAUGAGGACAAGUGUUUGGAGGAUACGGCAGAAGAUUACUUGAAGGAUCUUAUUGGAAGAAACCUCAUUAUGGUAACUAAGAGGAGAUCAACUGGGAAGAUCAAAGCAUGUCGUGUGCAUGAUCUAAUGCUCGAUUUCUGCAAAGAGAAAGCUAAGGAAGAUAAUUUCCUUUUGUGGCUGAAAAGGGAUCGUGAUUCCAAUCCUCCGCGUUUUUAUUCCGAAAGGCCUAUACACCGCCGUUUAUCCUUUUGUUCUAAUCGGGAUGAUCUUUCUGAGUGGAAGCCAUCAAGCUCACAUGCUCGUUCUAUCUUAUUCAGGGAGCUUAGUGAUAGUGCAUGUUCAUCAAUGAGAGAUGCUUAUUUCAUCUUUGGCAACUUCAAAUUUCUCAGGGUGUUAGACUUAGAGGUCGUUGUUGUAGAUUCUUUUCCCACUGAACUUAAUCAGCUAAGGUACCUUGCUGUUCAAACUACUAAGAGUUCUAUUCCAUCAUCGAUAGAAAAUCUUUGGAAUCUUCAAACGUUCAUAGUCAAAGGAAAUGGAGAACAAGUAUGGUUGCCAGAUACUUUUUGGAAGCUGAGUAAGUUGAGAUAUGUUAGCAUUAGUGAUGGCGCUUUGUUUGCUUCGCGUGAUGCACAGGAAUCCUGUGAUGAAAAUUCCUUAAAGCUGGACAAUUUGAAAACGUUUUCCUCAAUAUAUGUCUCCAGGGUGAACAAUAUGGAAAAGAUGUUAAGAAGAACACCCAAUCUUCGGAAGUUAAGAUGUGUAUUUGCUGAUUUAGGGCGUUGGGGAAAGAAUGAAAAUCGGUUUCCUGUAUUAGACUCAUUAUCUCAACUUGAAACGCUAAAAGUGGUCUUCGUUGGUAUCUCGGAGGUAGGUCCUUCAAGAUUAAACUUUCCAGAGAAUCUCAAGAAACUGACAUUAUGCAAAUUUCCUUUGCCACCUGAGGCAAUUUCAACCAUUGCCAAACUUGUCAACCUUGAGGUACUUAAACUGCGACAAGUUGCCUUUGAAAUGGGUGAAUGGGAAGUGAGAGAUGAAGAGUUUUCUAAGCUCAAACUCUUGGAGCUAGAAAAUCUCAAACUCUCAAAAUGGGAAGUGUCUGAGAAUGCCUUCCAUCGCCUUGAGAAAUUGGUUUUGCAUGGAUGUUUACAUCUCGAAGCUAUCCCUGAUGGUUUUCAGGAACCAAGUUGUUUGCGAUACAUUAAGGUAAAAUCAUGCAGUGAAGAUGUUGCCGGCUCAGCUAGGAUUAUCAAACAAACAAGAGAGGAUUACGGCGACAAAUUUGACGUUAAAAUCUUUUCUUAGCAUUGAAAGAUUAAGGCUGCAACCUUUAGUUCAUUUCCAAUCUGAUUGCAGCUAUUGCUUGUUGUUGCUGGUAAACGGUACAGGUAAGGUUUGUCGUACAUUCUACCCUCUCCAAACCUCACUUGUGGGAUUAUAUCGGGUUUGUUGUUUGUUUGUUGCUGGUUGUAGCAGAGAGCUGUUCCAUGUUAUUUGGUUACUUGUUGCACCUAGUAGUCUUAUGAACUUUUCUGAAUAAGUUCUUAUGACUAUUUCCUUUUUAUGUCUAUGGAUUGGUAUAUGGAUUUUGUUAGUUGUGUUUUUAUAAAUGAUAUAAUACGUAAACGUGCCUUUUAACUUGGUUU